AUGGAAUCCUACUUCUUUUAUACGGAGAACAUCAGUAUUAAUCACAGCACGCUCUUCAAUGACAGCAGAAACAUCACGUUCUUACCGUAUUAUCAGCACUCUCUUGCGGUGGCCACCCUCUUCAUCCUGGCAUACAUUCUUAUCUUCUCCCUGUGCAUGCUCGGAAACAUCCUGGUAUGCAUCAUCGUGCUCAAAAACAGGCAAAUGAGAACUGUCACCAACAUCUUCAUCCUCAACCUGGCCAUCAGUGACCUGCUGGUGGGCAUCUUCUGCCUCCCCAUCACUCUGGUGGACAACCUGAUCACAGGUUGGCCGUUUGAUGUAGUGAUCUGUAAAAUGAGUGGACUUGUCCAGGGAGCUUCAGUCUCGGCGUCUGUCUUCACAUUGGUGGCGAUCGCAGUAGAAAGGUUUCGUUGUAUCGUGUAUCCGUUUCAGCAGAAGUUGACGCAGCGUCAAGCCAUCAUCAUGAUCGGCUUCAUCUGGGCGCUGGCCACCACCAUCAUGUGUCCUUCAGCGGUUACGCUAACCGUCUCCCAGGACGUCCUCCACUUCAUGGUGGACCGGGACAACAUCACGUACCCACUGUACACCUGCUGGGAGGCAUGGCCUGACCAGAGCAUGAGGAAGAUGUACACCACCGUUCUCUUCUCGCUCAUCUACCUGGCUCCUGUCACGCUCAUCGUCAUCAUGUACACACGAAUCGCCAUCAAGCUCGUCAAAUCACCCGCCUCCAUCCGCGACGCCCACGCUGAGGAGGAAAGCCGAAGGGUUUUCCGCAGGAAGUUGAGGGUUGUCAAUAUGUUGCUGAUCGUGGCUUUGCUUUUCACCGUGUCCUGGUUGCCUCUCUGGAUCCUCAUCAUGUUGACGGACUACGGAAAUCUGUCGGAGAGUCAACUCGACCUGGUGGCCGUUUACAUCUUUCCGUUUGCUCACUGGCUCGCGUUCUUCAACAGCAGCGUCAACCCCGUUGUCUACGGCUACUUCAACGAGAACUUCCGCAGUGGCUUUCAGGCAGCCUUUAAGUUUGGACUGUGUCUGGUGGAAGAGCCGCCGCAGCCAAGCAGGGAACUGGGAAGACGGAACGGCACAUGGAAGCAUAACCGGGUGUUUGCGGAUGGGAACAGGGUGAGAGGGAACGCCCAGGGCAACGGCAGGAGAGAGUUUUGCAAUGGCGAGCGGCACGAUGAGUUAGUUCUGGAGGAUUUAGAAUGA